CAAGAUCUGGGGUUAAGAGCUCCAAGCCCUAGGUUAACCAGAAAGGGGCAGACAGGUGGACAGGUCUGGUCCCUCUUGAGUCCUCCAGCCAUGAGGCUCCUCUCGGGGCUGAUCUGGGCAUCCAGCUUCUUUGUUUUGUCUCUGCAGAAACCCAGGCUGCUCCUGUUUUCUCCUUCCGUGGUUCACCUGGGGGUCCCCCUGUCGGUGGUGGUGCAGCUCCAGGAUGCUCCCCCUGGACAGGUGGUGAAGGGAUCAGUGUUCCUGAGAAACCCAUCCAGCCUGAGUUCCCUCUGCUCCCCAAAGGUGGACUUCACCCUCAGCUCAGAAAAAACCUUCAUACUCCUGAGCCUCCAGAUCCCCCUGAAAGGUGUAAAAAACUGUGGCCUCCAUCGCCUCCUCAGAGGCCCUGAGGUCCAGCUGGUGGCCCAGUCGCCAUGGCUGAAGGACUCUCUUUCCAAAGAGACAAACGUUCAGGGCGUCAACCUUCUCUUCUCAUCUCGCCGGGGGCAUCUCUUUCUGCAGACUGACCAACCUGUUUAUAACCCUGGCCAGCGGGUUCGGUAUCGGGUCUUUGCUCUGGAUCAAAAGAUGCGCCCCUCCACUGACACCCUCACGCUCAUGGUGGAGAACUCUCACGGUCUCCUUGUGCAGAAGAGGGAGGUGUAUGUUCCCUCCUCCAUCUUCCAGGAUGACUUUGUGAUCCCAGACAUCUCAGAGCCGGGGACUUGGAAGAUCUCAGCCCGAUUCUCAGAUAGCCUGGAAUCCAACAGCAGCACCCAGUUUGAAGUGAAGAAAUAUGUCCUUCCCAACUUUGAGGUGAAGAUUGUCCCUGGAAAACCCUACAUCCUGUCAGCACCUGGCUUCCUUGGUGAAAUCCAAUUAGACAUCCAAGCCAGGUACAUCUAUGGGAAGCCAGUGCAGGGAGUGGCCUACGUGCGCUUUGGGCUCCUGGGUGAGGAGGGUGACAAGACUUUCCUUCGGGGACUGGAGAGUCAGACCAAGCUGGUAGAUGGCCAGUGCCAUAUCUCCCUCUCAAAGGCUGAGUUUCAGGAUGCCCUGAAGAAGCUUAAUGUCAGCAUUACUGACCUCCCAGGGCUGCGCCUCUAUGUCGCUGCAGCCAUCAUUGAGUCUCCAGGGGGGGAAAUGGAGGAGGCAGAGCUCACCACCUGGUGUUUCGUGUCAUCUCCCUUCUCCUUGGACCUUAGCAACACCAAGCGACACCUCGUGCCUGGGGCCCCCUUUCUGCUGCAGGGCCUGGUCCGUGACUUGUCGGGCUCCCCAGCCUCUGGCAUUCCUGUCAAAGUCUCUGCUACCUUGUCUUCUGGAUCUGCAUCUAGACCCCAGGACCAUCAGCAAAACACAGAUGGGCGUGGCCAAGUCAUCAUUCCCAUAGUCAUCCCGCAGAGCACCUCAGAAGUGCAGCUCUUGGUGUCUGCAGGCUCGCCCCACCCAGCCGUAGCCAGGCUCAUCGUGAGAGCUCCGCCCUCGGGAAGCUCCAAGUUUCUGUCCAUCGAGCGAGUGGAUCAUCGACCUCCUCGUGCUGGGGACACUCUCAGUCUGAACCUGCGCGCCAUGGGCAUCAGUGGGGACAGCUUUUCUCAUUACUACUACAUGAUCCUAUCUCGGGGCCAGAUCGUUUCUGUGAAUCGAGAGCCCAGGAGGACCCUGACCUCAGUCUCCGUGUUUGUGGACCACCACCUGGCACCCUCCUUCUACUUUGUGGCCUUCUACUAUCAUGGGGGCCUCCCAGUGGCCAAUUCCCUGCGGGUGGACGUCCAGGCUGGGGCCUGUGAGGGCAAGCUGGAGCUGAACGUGGAUGACAGCAAGGAGUAUCAUCCUGGGGAGACUGUAAAGCUCCACCUGCAAACAGAUUCUCCAGCCCUGGUGGCGCUGGGAGCUGUGGACACGGCUUUGUAUGCUGUGGGUGGCAGGUCCCGCAAGCCCCUCGACAUGGACAAGGUCUUUGAAGUUAUGAAUGGCUAUGACCUUGGCUGUGGUCCUGGGGGUGGGGACACUGCCCUUCAGGUGUUCCAGGCAGCAGGCCUGGCCUUUUCUGAUGGAGACCAAUUGACUUCAGCCAGAAAGGGUCUUAGCUGUCCCAAGGAGAAGAAAACCCGGAAAAAGAGAAAUGUGAACUUCCAAAAGGCGAUUAAUGAGAAGCUGGGCCAGUAUGCUUCCCCAUUAGCCAAGCGCUGCUGCCAGGAUGGGCUCACCCGGCUGCCCAUGACACGCUCCUGUGAGCAGCGGAUGGCCCGCGUGCAGCAGCUGGACUGCCGGGAGCCCUUCCUAUCCUGCUGCAAAUUUGCUGAGGGCCUGCGCAAGAAGGCCCGGGCCAGGGGCCAAGUGGGCCUUGCCCGAGCCCUGGAGAUCCUGCAGGAGGAGGACCUGAUGGAUGAAGAUGACAUUCCUGUGCGCAGCUUCUUCCCAGAGAACUGGCUCUGGAGAGUGGAAAGAGUGGACCGUUUCUACCAAUCGUCACAGCUGCUCCCUGACUCUCUGACCACAUGGGAGAUCCAUGGCGUGAGCUUGUCCCAAAGCACAGGCCUCUGUGUCGCCACCCCGGCCAGGAUCCGAGUAUUCCGUGAAUUCCAUCUGCAUCUUCGUCUGCCUGUCUCUGUCCGCCGCUUUGAGCAGCUGGAGCUGCGGCCUGUCCUCUACAAUUACCUGGAUCAAAAUAUGACCGUGAGCGUCCACGUGUCCCCGGUGGAGGGCCUGUGCCUGGCUGGGGGCGGAGGGCUGGCCCAGCAGGUGUUGGUGCCUGCAGGCUCUGCCCGGCCCAUUGGCUUCUCUGUGGUGCCCAUGACAGCUGCCGCUGUGUCUCUGAAGGUGGUAGCUCGAGGGUCUUUGGAGUUCCCUGUGGGAGAUGCAGUGUCUAAGAUUCUACAAAUUGAGAAGGAAGGGGCCAUCCACAUGGAAGAACUUGUGUAUGAACUCAACCCCCUGGACCACCGAGGGCGGACCUUGGAAAUCCCUGGCAACUCUGACCCCAAUAUUAUCCCUGAUGGAGAUUUCAGCAGCUUCGUCAGGGUCACAGCCUCAGAUCCACUGGACACUUUGGGCUCUAAGGGGGCUUUGUCACCAGGAGGCCUGGCUUCCCUCCUGAGGCUCCCCCAGGGCUGUGGGGAACAGACCAUGCUCUACUUGGCCCCAACCCUGGCUGCUUCCCGCUACCUGGACAAGACAGAGCAGUGGAGCACCCUGCCUCCUGAGACCAAGGACCGCGCUGUAGAUCUGAUCCAGAAAGGCUACCUGCGGAUCCAGCAGUUCCGGAAAACAGAUGGUUCCUAUGGGGCUUGGUUGCAUCGAGACAGCAGCACCUGGCUCACGGCCUUUGUGCUGAAGGUACUGAGUUUGGCUCAGGAACAGGUGGGCGGCUCACCUGAAAAGCUGCAGGAGACGGCCAGGUGGCUGCUGUCCCAGCAGCAGGCUGAUGGUUCCUUCCAGGACCCCUGUCCAGUUAUCCACAGGGCCAUGCAGGGGGGCUUGGUGGGAGAUGAUGAGACUGAGGCACUCACAGCCUUUGUGGUCAUUGCCCUUCAUCACGGGCUGGCUGUCUUCCAGGAAAGAAGUGCAGAGCAGCUGAAGCAGGGAGUGGAAAACUCCAUCUCAAAGGCAAACUCGUUCUUGGGGGAGAAAGCAAGUGCUGGGCUCCUGGGUGCCCAUGCAGCAGCCAUCUCAGCCUAUGCCCUGACGCUGACCAGGGCCCCAGAGGACCUGCAGGAUGUUGCCCACAACAACCUCAUGGGCAUGGCCCAGGAGACUGGUGACAACCUGUAUUGGGGCUCAGUCACCGGAUCUCAGAGCAAUGUUGCAUCGCCUACCUUGGCUCCUCACAGCCCAACAGACCCCGUGCCCCGGGCCCCAGCCGUGUGGAUUGAAACCACGGCCUAUGGCCUGCUGCAUCUGCUGCUUCGGGAGGGCAAGGCAGAGAUGGCUGACCAGGCUGCAGCCUGGCUCACCCACCAGGGCAGUUUCCAGGGGGGAUUCCGCAGCACCCAGGACACGGUGAUGGCCCUGGAUGCUCUGUCUGCAUUCUGGAUCGCUUCCCACACCACUGAGGAGAGGGAGCUCAAUGUGACUCUCAGCUCCAUGGGGCGCAAUGGGCUCAAGUCUCACGUGCUGCAGCUUAACAACCACCAAAUUCGGGGGCUGGAGGAGGAGCUGCAGUUUUCCUUGGGCAGCAAGAUUAAUGUGAAGGUAGGAGGAAACAGCAAAGGAACCCUGAAGGUCCUUCGUACCUACAACAUCCUGAACAUGAAGAACACGACCUGCCAGGAUCUUCAGAUUGAAGUGACAGUCACGGGCCAUGUCGAGUAUAUGAUGCAAGCAAACGAGGACUAUGAGGACUAUGAAUACGAUGAGUUUGGAGACGACCCAGGGGCCUAUUCCCAGCCAGUGACCCGCCUGCAGCUGUUUGAGGGACGGAGGAGCCGCCGUCGGAGAGAUGCACCCAAGGUGGCUGAUGAACAGGAAUCCAGAGUGCAGUACACGGUGUGCAUCUGGCAGAAUGGGAAGGUGGGGCUGUCAGGCAUGGCCAUUGCAGACAUCACUCUCCUGAGCGGGUUCAACGCCCUGCGGGCAGACCUGGAAAAGCUGACCUCCCUCGCUGACCGUUAUGUGAGUCACUUUGAGACCGAGGGGCCCCACGUCUUGCUGUACUUUGACUCGGUCACCACCCACCGGGAGUGCGUGGGCUUUGGAGCGGUGCAGGAAGUGGCCAUAGGGCUGGUGCAGCCUGCCAGUGCAGCUCUGUAUGACUACUACAACCCUGAGUACAAAUGUUCUGUAUUUUAUGGGGCACCAACUAAGCACAAACUCUUGUCCACACUGUGCUCGGCUGAUGUCUGCCAGUGUGCUGAGGGGAAGUGCCCUCGACAGCGUCGUGCCCUGCAGCAGGGGCUGCAGGAUGAGGAUGGGUUCAGAAUGAAGUUUGCCUGCUACUACCCUCGUGUGGAGUACGGGUUCCAGGUUAAGGUUCUCCGAGAAGAUGGCAGAGCUGCUUUCCGCCUCUUUGAGACAAGUAUCACCCGAGUCCUGCACUUCACAAAGGAUGUCAAGGCCACUGCUGGUCAGACCCGGAACUUCCUGGUUCGAGCCUCUUGCCGCCUUCGCUUGGAACCUGGGAAAGAAUAUUUGAUCAUGGGUUUGGAUGGGACUACUCAUGACCUCAAGGGAGACCCCCAGUACCUGCUGGACUCGAAUAGCUGGAUCGAGGAGAUGCCUUCAGAACGCCUGUGCCGGACCACCCGCCAGCGGGCAGCCUGUGCCCAGCUCAACGACUUCCUCGAGGAGUAUGGCAGUCAGGGGUGCCAGGUGUAAGGGCUCUCCCCCACCUCCUCAGGAAGAGCCCGAAGCGGGGAGUGGUGCCGCCUGGAUGGUUGUGCAUCCUGUCCCCUGAACACAGCCCCAGGGCAGGGCCAGGGAUUCAAUAAAGGCAUUUGGCAGCAAA